AUGUUUGUGUUGUAUAAAACAGCGACUUGGGACAUCACCGUCGCAAUCACCUAUUUGGCCUUAUGGUCAGCUGAAGGAGUUGAUUGUGCAACCCCAAACUUGACUGAUGCCGAGUGCUUUGAUAUCAUCGUCGACUCAUGGCUCCCUACCAACAAGGUUCUUUGUGGUCAAAACUUUGGCUUGUCCAAUGAGGAGUUUUCCUUGGAUCUGCCAGCUUUUGAGCUUGCGAACAACUUUACCCGACGUGGCUCAGAUCUGUGGCUGGAUGAUGAAGAUCAAGGUUUAAAGACCUGGGUGGGUUGUGGGAAUCAUCCUGGACUUGUGAAUGGCACUUCAUAUUGUGCCCAGACCAGCAGUACCAUUGAUCUGGGGACCAUCCUGGGUGAUUGGGGCGUCUUGGAAGGUUUGACACCGGUGGCAUGCUUGGCCUACAACGUGCAGAACUCUGCGGUUUCUGUGUCCUUUGAUCCGCCUCUGUCUACGGAGUUCAUCUUGCCUGCCUUUCCGGUGGUGUUGAAGCUCUUUGGAUAUACCUUUGCGCCGGAUGCUGAGGUUCCCUUGUUUGACUACAUUGGUGCAGACUUGCAGUUGAAAACCGGAGAAGUUCUGAAGACGCACUUUGCUUUUUCUGGAGUUGUGGAGCUGGCCUUUGGAAUUCCUUUCAUAUUUGAGCUGGUCUUGCCUGUUGAGGGUGUUUUUGGAGUGUAUUUGGAUUUUGGUGGCUCUGGGACACUGGCGCAACCUUACAAAGUCAUGGAAAGUCUGGUGAAGUUCAGCAAUGAGGUCACCCUCGAGUGGGCUGUUGUGAUCCAAGUUUCUUUGCGGCCGCAACUGGCCGUUCUGGGCUUUGAGUUCAAUUUUCCGGUCUCAGCCAAAUUUCAGGUACUGUGGAAGACUGGAGCAGGUUCCUUUCCCAACGUCUAUCUCUCUGGAACGCUCUACCAUGCCACUUCGCUCGGUGAACUGAUUGGUGGUCUACCAGACCUGGGUGUGGUGUGCACGGUUGACUUCUUCCCAAAUGCUGUAAGGGAGAGUCCGUUCUGCAAAGGAGACGACACCAUGGAGGAUGAACCAGAGGUCGGUUUGUAUUUCACGAUGGAGAACGGCAAAUCUGUGGCAGAUGUUCGAGCAUGGGGUAUGUGGCUGGCCAUGAAGGUUGACUCUUCAAGUGGCAGCUUGACACUUUGCAAAGAUGGAGAGUGCUCCCAGGAGUUUUGCAUCUGGGAUUCUCAAUGCAUUGAAGGCUAUCACUGUUGCAAGACCAACUUCGAGUUUACCUGCCCAAAAAAAUACAGGCACCGUUUGUUUGCCACCGACCUUAGUUGUUUGGAGCUUCCCGCCGCUCAAGCUGUGGGUUUGGCGGUGGAUCCUGCAGAUGGAAAGCUGGAAGGGGAAGCGUGUGCGCUGGACUCAGAUUGCGGGAUUGGUCUGCACUGUUGCAUGGAAACUGGAGAUCCCUACUGUCGAAAGAUUCAAGAGCUCAGUCUUCUGGCCAUGGUGUGCAUGGUUGGCCUUCAGUGCUCCUGCCUCUUCGCAGCCACUGGAGCUUGUGAGGAAGCGGCCUCUGUGGCGCUGUUGGACCGUUUGGUUUGCCAUGUCCGAGCAGUGGUGCUCUUGCCUACCAGGGACCUGGCGUUACAGGUCUUUCGCGUCUUCGAGUCCUUGUGCAAAGCGCUGCCUUCAAAGUCCUUGCGCUUGCACUGUGCUGUUGGCACCAAGGCUGUGGCACAAGAAAAGCAGCUGUUGAAAGACACUCCACCGGACAUUUUGAUUUGUACUCCUGGACGCCUUUCUGAACACUUCUUGGGACGAGAUGCGUGUCUCGAUCUGCAGCAUCUUCGAUGGUUCGUGGUGGACGAAGCUGACCGACUUUUGACACAGACAUACCACCGGUGGCUGGAGGUCAUGGACCGCGCCUGCCGAGAUGCUACGGUGUCGGUUCGGCCGCAGAAGCUGCUUUUCUCCGCCACUAUGACCUGGGAUCCACGGAAGCUGGCUCAGCUGAAACUGUUGAGGCCGUUGUACUUCUUCUCGUCGCGCACCGGGCAGCAUGCGACACCCGCGCAGCUGCAGCAGCACUAUCUGCGGUGCCCUGCGAGCUCGAAACCUCUGGCCGUGUUGUAUCUCCUGGAGCACGUGCUGCGAAGUGCCGGGCAAGAUCAUGAACACGUCAAGGUCAUUGUCUUCUGCCAAUCCGUGAACACUGCGCACCGCCUGGCACGGCUGCUGCAGAUUUGUUGUGCACUGCGAAAAGUGGGGGAGGAAGCAGAAGAGGAAGCCAAAACAGAAGAUGAGCUGCUGCAGGAUGAUGUUCCGACGCCGUUAGAUUUGUCGCCCGAGUGCAUCGCAGAAUUCUCAUCCACACUGACGCAGAAGGAGCGCGGAAAGUUGCUGAAACGCUUCAGCACCGGAAAGGUCAAAUGCCUGGUGUGUUCUGACGUUGUUGCGCGCGGAAUCGACAUCCCGGAAGUCACUGCAGUGGUGAACUACUCGGCGCCUUCGCAUAUCCAGACCUACAUCCAUCGAGUAGGACGGACUGCACGAGCCGGAAAGGUUGGGCACACUUUCACUUUCGUCACUCGUGGUGAUAUGGAUCGUUUUGAGAAGAUGCUGCGGGAGAGUGCCGACUGCUGGGAGCGCAUUAGCAAGUUUCCCAUCCCCAAGGAGGCGCGCAGCAGGAAGAAAAUUUGGUGGAGCCCAGCUUUGGAAGCCUUGCAACGGUGUUUGGAUUCAGAAUCCAAGGGUCAUUUGAGUGUGGUGAAGCCCAUCGAUGAGGAAACGUUGAUGGGUACUGGACGGCCCAAAGGGCAGGAAAAGCGUGGCCAUGGUACAACCGAGGGCAUCUCAGGGCAAGUGCCAAAGGAGGAAAAGUCAGAAAAAGAUGAGAGAGCGAAGAUGGAGCAGAAGAACUUGGAGAAGCUGGAAAAUUCUGCGAACAUGUUGGAGUUCUUGAAGAGUUGCGGGAUCGGAGAUUUCAUGGCUUCGGGGCAUGGCCCGAAUUGCGGUUUGCUGCAGAGUGGCUUGCAGACAGACGCAGCAGAUGGCUUCAUUAAACCAAAUGGUCCAGGUGUGGACGCGCAGCAGCGGAUGCAGUCCCUCCUGAAUGGCCUGGUGAACCCAGAUGAUGAGACCAUCGCCAAUGAGGAGCGACGGAAAAGAGAGCAGGAAGAGCAAAAGGCGGACGAGGAAGUGAGACAGAAGUUCAUUUGGCGCCUUUGCGUCUAUUCUGGCGAAGACCUGCCCCGUGACACCAUGUAUGUGUAUAUCAAGAUCGUCGACCAAGUUCAUGGCGACAAGAUCUUCAAGAGCCACGUCUCCAGUGAGUCGAGCAAACCUGUUUGGGAGUUCGUUGUCGAGGAGACCAUCAUGAUUGACAGCAUACACGGACCUCCAAGGCUGGAAAUUCAGCUUUAUGGGCAGCGGGUGCUGCUGGACGUCUUAGAUAGAUACCUCGGGCAAGCUGUGUUGAAGCUACCUGGGGCGCCUACGAUGGGACCAAUGAAGUCCUCUCUGCCGGUGGCUUUAAAUUCCUUCAGUGCGAUGAACGACAAGAUCGCAGCGCAGUUCGGGGUGUCUCGAAAAGCUCGGCUGAAUGUGGUUUGGCAGGUCUGUGAUGAAAAGCAUCCGGGUCCUGCACCAGAUUUGAUCCGUAUUGCCGAGAUGGACGAGGAUGCGUCCGACAAGAGGAGUUACCAGUUUCACCUAAAGGUAAUCAAUGUCAAGUUGCGCAGGGCGACUGAAGGUCCCCGGCGCCUGGCUGUGUGCCUACGACUGAUUCAGCCAGAUGGAGAGGUGAGCAAAGCCUCUCCAGUGCAGCACUCGCCACAGGCAUGGAGUUGCCCGGAGAGUCGGGUCGUCGAGAAUUUGGAGGACCCUUUGAAGGAGAUGACGCACGCAGAUCCAGAUGAGGAGUGCAACACAGCCGUUUGGUGUGAGGAUAGGCGCCUGGGAUGGACCAUGCCCACGUGGAUGUUGCGAGAGAGUCACUUGCAGCUACUGAGCUACACCAUCGAAGCCCAGCUGCUGAUGUACAGCAGUCUUCCGGCCAAAGAGCAGGCGGCGAGCAAAAAGAAGUUCCACUUCUUUCGACAGAACCUGGCUGGAGCGCAGGAGGAUAAACCCACAAAGCUGGGUGUUUGGCGCGAGUCGCUAGGAGAUCUACUGGACUCGAUCGAGCAGUCGGAUGAGGGGCUGGUGUGUGAGGCUCCGUUCACCUCCAGGGAAGGCACAGAGGUGGCGACCGUUAGGAUGGAGAUCGACGUCUCCUCGGCGCAAGCGCAUCAUAUGCCACACAACUUGGUGUCCAAAGACAUCUCCAGUUGGCCCGUGGAGAAGGCACCACUACGUCGCGGUGCUCCGUCACAGGAGAUGAUGCAGAACAAGGUCCAAUAUUUUGUCACAGUCAUGGUAGACUCCUUGCCCAGCCAUGAAUUGUGUCUACCAUAUGUAAGGGUCUCGAUGGGCGCGGUGUCAGAGUGCACAGAGGCGAAGACCGUGCAUUCUGUGAACAACGUGACCUUUGACAAAGGGCUGAUGAUACAGAGCACAUUGAUGAACCGGAAGGCCAAAAUUGAGAUCUUGAAUAAGGACACGACCAGGGUCUUCAACGAAGACAAGGUGAUAGGCCAGGGCGUCAUCUGUGACCUGGAGCCUGACAAGGACUACUGGAUACACUGCUUUGGAGGCGCUAGCGAUGCGACCUAUCCAGAUGUGGCCCUUCAGAUGAUCAAAGGUGCGGUGAAACCUGCCUCAACUCACACAGCUACGAUGGCAAUUCGAUUCGGGACAAAGAUCUCCUCCAAAGACUUUGGUUCGUUGAUGAGAAAGAUGCGAAAACCCUUCAGGCUAAAGGUGCGCUUCUAUUCUGGAGUGAAUCUGAACUCGUACGCCAAUCAGAAAGUCCAUGUCAUUGUGAAGGUGCCUGGAUGUCACCUACCAGAUGAGGUUGGUGCGCAGCAGAUUAUGAACAACUUGCAGGCGCUGGAAGCCCUUUCGAAUCAGUCCAGACCGAAAUCGCCAAAGUCGCAGAUGCAACAGCUGAGACACAAGGCAUUGCUGGAGAAUGAUCCAGCACCAGAGCACUUCAAUACGAAUCUCCUGAGCUUUCCUGGGGAGGUGGAUGCUGCAGGCAUCUUACACUUCACUGAGAAUUCUCAGCGGGUUUUGUGGGUGGAGCGUGCAACGCCCUCCGAUUGGCCAUUGGAAGUUUCUCCCAACACACAGUUUGCAGAUUUCUACAUCGUCGCUGUGGGUCAGGAGUUAGAGCCGCCUCAGGCCUUUGGUCGCUUGCGCCUGGUGCAGAAACCCCUGGACAAGGUGGGGCCAAAAUGGAAGCAGCUGCACUUCGACACUUCUGUGGUUGCCCUGCCCAAGGCAUACUACAAGUCGAAUCUUGCGGGCUUCAUUUUGGGUUCUGCAAGUUUGAUGCCGCACACAGGCUGUUGGGCUGUUGGUGGGCUGGGAUGGGUCGAUUUGGAGUGCUCCUUAGUCCUUUUGCUAGACCAUGCUAGACCAUGGGUCCUUUCCUGGAUCUUCUGUGCCGUCUCCUGCAGGCAAGAAAGAGCGCGGAGUCUCAAUCAGAGGGGCAUCGUGACAGCUGGUUGCAAUCGAUGCACUGGUCACAACUAG